AUGUUGAAGGCAAAUAACAGAGUGGCCCACAAGUGGGACAAAGAUCCCCCAAAGAUCCCCACCUCUGACAACAAGGUCCCCACCUCUCACAACAAGUAUCACAACAGCAGCUCUUUGCUGUACCCCUUCACUAAGGAUGUUGUGGAGGAAGACUCCGUUGAAGAAGAUCACAUGUAUGACCCAUGCUUUCGCUACACAGCUCUAGACCAACCCUGGAGAGCCACCAACUACUCCCGCACAAACAGCAUGUGUGACCGUAAAGUUGAGUGGAGAGGCUGGUACCGUCUUUACUACCGCGGGAAGAGCCUUCAGAUGCCCGAGAGGUGUGUGAGUAGGCGCAUGUGUGGAACCCACGCCCCGCUCUGGUUGGCCGGCGGGCAUCCGCGACUCCGCGACGGAAUAGUCAUACGUCAAGUCUGUGGACACUGGAAAAAGGGCUGCUGCGCGUACAAAUCGUCUCCAAUUGAAGUGAAAAAAUGCAGAGGCAAUUAUUACGUGUAUAGGUUCGUGAAGCCACCGACAUGCAAUCUGGCCUACUGUGCAGUGAGAGUUUUCUUUUACGCAUCCUUUCCCGGCCGUCUCUCGGGUAAAGUCAACACGGUUAAGUACAGCAAGGUGUUUGUGAACGUCGGCGGAGGUUUCAGCAAGAGGACCGGUGUUUUCACAGCUCCGGUCACCGGUGUUUAUCAGUUUUUCUUCUCGACUCACAGUGGCACGGGCGGCACGAAGAGCGAUCUGUGGCUCGUGAUAAACGGUUACUGGGUAUCACAGUCACACAUCAGUCUGCCUACCUCGUCCUCGACGGGGAACCUGUCCACUUACAUGACCACGCUGCGUAAAGGCGCACGGGUGUACGUCACCCAUAAUUAUGGACAGUCCUGGGCGAAUACUUCAUCCAACACCAUUACGUUCGGAGGUUCGCUCCUGAUGCAGCAAAGAUGAAACCAAAGGAACAUCU